CCAGCUCCAGACUCCGCUCUGCCUUCUCAAUGGGUUAUGCGGCCUCACCUUGAGGUGAAUGAAAAUGUCAGCCGGAAUGUGGGGAGGAAAGAAUGCUGAGCCCCGUCCAAACCUACUCGUGUUUGUGUUUCACUCUAUGAGUGACAUCAGAGCCCUUGGAGUAUAAGACCCACAGGACUGGACUGGAGCCACGGCGGGCUGCGGCACACACACACACACACACACACACACACACACACACACACACACACAAAACACACUCUGCUGCCUUGCCUUCCAGCUGCGAGGGGAGUGCUAUGGUGAAGCCAGAGAGCCGGGAGCAGCAUGAGGACUCCACGGGAGAUGCCACUGCUCGCACUCUCUCUCCUCUGCCUCCUGUUUGAGGUGUGUGCCCAGCUAUGCCGGAUGCCAUGUACCUGCCCCUGGUUACCCCCACGCUGCCCUCCUGGGGCACCCCUGGUCCUGGAUGGCUGUGGCUGCUGCAGGGUGUGUGCUCGGAGGCUGGGAGAGCCCUGUGACCAACUCAACAUCUGUGACCAGAGCCAGGGGCUGGUAUGCAACUACAGUGCCACCCUGGGGGACAGGAGAGGCACCUGCAACUUUCCAGAAGAUGACGGCAGCUGCGAGGUGAAUGGGAGGACCUACCGUGAUGGGGAGACCUUUCAGCCAAGUUGCAAGUUCCAAUGCCACUGCUCAGAUGGGGGGUUCACUUGCACUCCCCUUUGCAGCGAGGAUGUGCGGCUGCCCAGCUGGGACUGUCCCCACCCUAAACGAGUUGAUGUCCCCGGAAAGUGCUGCCAAGAAUGGAUCUGUGACCAGGCAGUCCAACCUGGCCCAGCAACAGUGCCCCGGUUCCUGGGACCUCCAGUACCAUUGUCCCCUCGAUUUGCCUGCCAGGAAUGGAGCACAUUGUGGGGCCCCUGUUCUGCCACCUGUGGGCUGGGUGUGGCCACUCGGGUGACCAAUCAGAAUCCACACUGCCGGCUGGAGAUGCAGCAUCGUCUAUGCCUACUCAGGGCCUGUCCUCCUUUAAGAGGACCCUACCACAGUGUCAUUGGUGCCUCUUAAGGGGAGGUGUUCCUGUCUAUGCUUGUGGAUAAAGUUUCUGGGGCAAAAGAGAUACCAACUUGCUAGGCUUGGAGACUGACUGCCGUCAUCUCCUACUGAAGCCUCCAUCAGGCUGCUCUGACCUAUUGCUCCAAUACCUUCCUUUGAAGGAGACUGAUCCCCUUCAAAGGAGGCGCUAAUAAGGCUCAUCUCUACCUACAGGCCUCUAGAAUUCUAGAUUUUUAGCUUCUCCCAGAUAUCCUAACCAGCCAAGACUCAGUACAGAGAUGCAGACACAAGUCACCUUAGGAUCACAGAGUUUAGGAAAGGGAUCUUAGAGAUCAUUUAGUUCAGGAGUCCCUAACCUGGGAUCAUGGGAUAGACAUCAAAGGGUCUGUGAACUUAGAUGGAAAAAAUUGCUUAUUUACUUUCACUAACAUCUAAAAUGUAGUGUUUCCCUCUACUAGGAAUUUUUUUAAAAACACUGUUAAUCUGAGAAAUGGUUUACAGGCUUCAUCAGACCACCAAAGGGAUCUAUGACACAAAAAAAGAUUAAGAAUUUCCAAUCUAGUGCAACUCUUUCAUUUUACAGAAGAGGAAACUGAGGUCUGUAACAAAGAGCUAUUUAAUUGAUAGACUGUUCUGUUUUCUUUUACAUUUAUGUGUCACUUUAUUUUUUGUGUUUCUUUUUUAUUUUUAAAAAUACUUAAU